AUGAGCGAAGAUACUUCCAAUCAAGACCAAAGUAUGGUCGACCCCUCUGAAACUCCCCCCUCUCGUGCGGAGACUGAGGUCGUUAUCGCCGACGAAGCUGCCGUGAACGGCGCUUCCGAGGUGCUCCCUUCUGCGGGUGAAAUCGUUGAACAAGAGUCUUCGGCAAGCACACCAGAUGCAGAGCCCCAGUCGAUUCCAGAGGCUCUCGGGCUGGAACUCGUUGGAGAGCUACGACUGAUCGGAAUCAUGAGCCCCUUGGGUUCCGCGAUGGCGAUUUACGUGGACAACCAUUGCGGUGAUGGAGUGUAUAAUGUCAUGGCGAACAGCAACAUUGCUGUCCGUGCCGUCAUUGCACAAGGUCAUUUUGACAUAAUGCAACAGGUCUUGCAGGCCGUGUUUCCAGUGGAAAGAUUCGGCCUACUUGAGUUCACUGUUCCGUUCAGGUCUGUCGGUCCCGAACUGAGAGAAGUCCCUUUACCGGCCGGCUUUAGCAGGGCUUAUCUUGGACUUCGACCUGCUGGUACGGUCGAGCCAAGAUUCGAAAUCCGCGGCAGAGACGAAGGCCCUCCUAGACUCGUGCGCCAGGUUGAGCGAGCCUGGGCUGAGUGGCUAGCGGUGAAUCAGGUACCACAUGGUGAUGAGGCAUCAUGGGGGCUGGUGGCUUGGCCAGAAUUGCCAUACUGUGCGAAUGGCAUGGAUCUUGAGAUAGUUCAGGAGCUGGAGGAGGAACUUUCCGAUUAG